AUGGCAUUAUUUUUUUAAGCUGGCUCCAAAGCAUAUGCUGGUCUCUCUAUUAAAGGAUUGUAUUCUGAUUAGUCUGAAUAGACACUAUCUGCUUUUUUAUAUACAUACGAAGCUGAUAGUCCCUAUGAUAUUUCUAAUGAUCAAUUGUUUUAAAAAUAAUAUGAAGACUGUCCACUACUAAGAUGCUAUAAAAAUCAAACUAAUACUGCCUUAACCAUUUAUCAUUUGAACUCUUCAGGACUGAUAGAGAGUUCAUAGACUAUUUUGAUAAAAUUAUAUGACUAAUGUUUGGAUGUUAAAUAGUUUUCCUCUCCAAGAGUAUAUGUAAUGCUAAAGAAUUCAACAGCCAUAUUUGUAGCGAAGAUUGACUAUGAUAAUUUAAAUGCAAUAAUCUCUGACUUUUCUUACAUAGCUAAGCAAACUUCAAAAUUAAGCAGUGGGUUUAUUACUGAAUCUGAAGCAUCUUAUGUAGUGGGUGGCUUAGAUUUCUUAACUCAAAACACAUAUGUGUUCUGA